CCCGAGAGCGCGACCGGAGGAGGGACGACGGAAAAAUGUCCCCAACGGCGGUGGCCCCCGUGGCCACCUUCCACCGACGGUGCGGGAAACGAAUCACGCUGACCAACGGGAACCGGACGGCGAUGCGGAACGUGAGUGAGUUCAACCACGGGCUCGUCUUCAGCGCCGAACCGCUCCUGCAGGACGGCCUGUUCGAGGUCCGGAUCGAUGAGAAGAUACAAGCGUGGAGCGGCAGCAUCGAGAUCGGUGUUACGACGGUCAACCCGGAAACGGCGGAACUUCCGCCGUGCGCCACAAAGCUGCGAAACUCCUGGGUAAUGUCCGGAAUCUCCGUGUUGAAGGAUGGCCUGCUGCUGGUGGAAUCGUAUGGCGUUGAUCUGGAGAAGCUGGCCCGUGGGGACCGUGUCGGAGUGCAGCGGACAUCGCGCGGAGAGCUCGUGUUCUACGUCAACGGAGAACCGCAAGGAAUUGCUGCACGCGAUUUGCCACGGUGCGUGUACGCGCUAGUGAAUCUCUACGGCAAGUGUGCCCAGGUUUCGAUCUCUUCCGAUAGCGCUUCCGGUGCUGGCGAUCCCGGCGAGUACGGUGCAGCCAUUGCAGGAGUAUCCUGCGAGGAAACCAUUGGCGCUGGUCCCUCUUCGUCGUCCUCUGCGUCCCAGCAAGCAAUCUCACAAAACAUCGACCGACCCAUCUCGGUGGAGAUGUCCGUAAACGGAGGAGGAGCAGCCCAGGCCAGCGUUCCUAUUCCAAUCCCUGGCGAAGCCGGAACUGGUGCUGGUGCUGGUGCGGCACCAGGGAACGAUCCGCAUGACAAGCUACGCUUUCACACUCGCUGCGGUUCGUUGGUGAAGCUGAGCGCCAACUGUCGUACGGCGGAGCGGCGUCGGCCACUCGAUGAGUUCAACAACGGUGUGGUAAUGACGCACCGACCACUGUGGGAUAAUGAGUUGUUCGAGAUUCGGAUCGAUCGGCUGGUGGACAAGUGGUCCGGUUCGAUAGAGGUUGGUGUUACCACACACUGUCCCUCGGCACUGCAGUUUCCGGCAACGAUGACGAACCUGCGAAGCGGCACGAUCAUGAUGUCCGGUUGUGGCAUCCUAACCAAUGGGAAAGGAACUCGGCGCGAGUACGGAGAGUUUAAUCUGGAUGAACUCCGUGAAGGCGAUCGUGUCGGGAUGAUGCGUAAAGCGAAUGGCAAUCUGCACUACUAUAUCAACGGACGUGACCAGGGUGUGGCCGCAACACGUGUCGCCCAAACGCUCUGGGGUGUGAUCGACCUAUACGGCAUGACGAUCAAGGUGACGAUCGUGGAUCGCGAUGAGCGGGAGCAGCGCAAUCUCGUGACACGCCGGAAUCAUCUGCUGAUGACGGGCCAGGUACAGGAGUUGCCACUCGUCCUACCCCAGUCCAUCGGUAGCCCUUCGGACGUCGACUGUAGCCCUUCGUCGGCAGAUCGGUUGCUGUUUCAUCCGAUGUGUGGUUCCCAUGCGAGCGUCACCCACAGUGGCCGGACAGCACUGCGGCCAAAUGCUUCCGAUGAUUUCAACAAUGGUGUCGUGCUGACACGGCGGCCUCUGAGGCCAAACGAGUUGUUCCAGGUGCGACUCGAGCGCGUCGUGACCAAGUGGGCCGGUUCGAUCGAGAUGGGCGUUACGACGCAUAGCCCCACGGAGCUGGACUUUCCGUUCACCAUGACGAAUGUACGAUCUGGUACGUGGAUGAUGACCGGCAACGGAGUGAUGCACAACGGGAUCACGGUGAUCGAGCAAUACGGCCAGAAUCUCGAUCGGUUGCAGGUUGGUGAUCGAGUCGGUGUCGUGCGGAAGGACGAUGGAACGCUGCACUUCUGGGUGAACGGAAUCGAUCAGGGACCGGCGGCAACGAACGUGGCCGAACGGGUGUACGGUGUGAUCGAUCUGUACGGACAGGCUGCUCAGGCGAGCAUCGUGGACACGUCGGAGUGCGGUACACCGGAUACCGGGAAUUCGACCAUCUCCAACACGACACUCUUCCCCUGUGCCCCGUCCGGGGAACCACGGAUGCGCUUCAACACGGCCGUCCAUGGGCGCAAUGCGCACAUCCUGGCCAGUGGGCUGACUGCGUGCCGGCCAAAGGCACUGGCCGAGUUUAACGAUGCGAUCGUGUUCAGCAGCCGGGCCCUGCGCCAGCGGGAACUGUUCGAGAUCGUACUCGAGACGGUGGUCGAUCGGUGGAACGGUAGCAUCGAGAUCGGCGUGACGGCGAUGCGACCGGACGAGCUGAGCCUACCGAGUACGGCGACCGAUCUUGAGCACGAUACGAUCAUGGUCUCCGGCACGACGCUGCUGCUGAACGGUUUCACCGUCCGCAGUGAUCUUCCGUUCGAUCUCGAUGCCCUUGGCCAAGGGUCGCGUGUCGGGGUGAUGCGCAACGGUGACGCCAUUCACUUCUUCAUCAAUGGCAACGAUCUGGGUGCGUUCUACGAAUCGCGGGCACCGAACCUAUACGCCGUUGUCGAUCUGUACGGUCAGUGUGCCCAGGUGAGCAUAACGGCACCGGCACCCUAUCCGCACGCCGGUGUAACGGCCUGUGGUGCUGGUCUGCAAUCGUUGGCCGAUAUGAGGGCACCGUACGCGAUCAGUGAAAACUCGCAGAGUCUGCAGGCCACCUCGGUUAUACAGCCGCUGGCGUUGGUGGAAUCGAAGCAUCGUUGGUCCUGUAUUACCGGCAGUAGCGUGACGCUGAUGCACAACUGGACACUGGCCGCCCGGUGCACCAACAGUGCCCUCUCGCACUGUCUCGUGUUCUCCGAUCGGCCCCUGGUGCCGGGUGAAACGUUCGAGAUUCGUAUCACCGAGAUGAACCCACUGUACGCCGGGUGUUUAAGGGUCGGAGCGACCGAUCUCAACCUUUCGGACGAGCACGUCCGGAAGAACAUUCCCAUCAGUAUGCGCCGCAUUCCGGCCAACGUGUGGUACGUGAGUGGCAACGAGGUACGUCACAAUUCGACGUUACUUGCACGCUCGCUAGCCUCGCUCGAGUGGCUGCGUGUUGGUGAUCGUAUCGCGAUCGAGCUGACACCUGCCCGAACCCUGCGGAUACUGCUCAACUCGGAGGACAUGAAUAUUGGCUUCACGAAUCUGCCCGACCAGUCGCAGGAUGUGUUUGCGGUGGUUGAACUGAUUGGUGCGACGAUGGCCGUCCAGGUGAUCUCAUCGCAGGGGCCCAGCUCACCGUUGCGCCCGUGUAGCCUCCGGUUGCAGGACUCGCUGGAGCUGGGGCUUGAUCCGCUCAACAAGCAGGACUCGAUGCUGGAAUCGAUCGAUUCCGACAGUCUGGCGAUGGAGUUCUCCGAGGUGCAUCUCGGUAAGAACGUGACGCUGCACGAGGAGCGUCGAUCGGCCUCGCGAGCGCAAUCGUACAAUCAGGCCAUCGUUUGUCUUUCGAAACCGCUCUGCAAAGGGCACAGCGUGAGUGUGCGAGUGAACAGCGUAAACACGCUGUGGAAGGGUACGAUCGCGGUCGGUGCGCUCGGUGUUGCGCCAGUGACGGGCCAACAGUUCCCGUUUCCCACUUCCGCCAUUCUAUUCCGGCGGCCGUGCUGGAUUGCGACGCACGAUUACGUGAACAUUAAUGGCACGAAGACGCAGUCACGGUACGCGGAGAUACUGGACUCGAUCGUACCCGGUACCGUGAUCACGCUCACGCUGACGCACGCCGGUAGUCUGCUGAUCGGUUGUGGUUCAACGCAGCUAGAGGAACUGGCCACCGGAUUACCGCACCAUGUCUAUCCCGUGUUCGAUCUGUAUGGCAAGUGUGAACGCAUCACGAUCGUUAACGGUGAUCCGAGGAAUGGUGGUAGUCCGAUCGAUGAGGAAGUGGCCACGCUUCCAAAUGAACCAGCGAGAUUGGGCGUAAUGGCAGCUGGUGCUGCCACCGAGAUUGCCGUUGCAUCGGGUGUGACUGGUGGUCCGACCGGUUGCACCGCGACAGCGACUGGCACUGGCCUGGAGAACGGUGAAAUGGUUCCACAGUGUGAAAAGGCCGAUCUGGAGAUACACGAAAAGGAAACGGAUCAGACGGGUGUUGCUGCAGCUGCGGCUGCGGCGGCAGUGUCGUCCAUCGCCGGAGGAAGCACAUCGAACGCGAUGAGCCGCUCGGUGAUGGAUUGCGUUUCGGAGAAUCUGCUCAUGAACAUUUCCAUUAAAAUACGAACGGCCAACGAGGCCCGGAAUCAAGAGCUAUCGAACUCAUGUUGUCUCCGUGACUCGCUCCAGUUACAGCACUCGACCAAUCUCAACAUUCAGCGCAGCCAAAGUACGCACCGGUUCAAUGCCAGCAUGCUGGGUAGCUUCGACAGCAACCGAGGUGGUGCCGCGAUCGGUGCAGGUGAUGGUGCAGGGGAACAGUCACGCUCGAUGAGUUCCGGGAACUACGACGAAGGCUUCGAAGACUAUCAUCGCUCUACGGGAUCAGCAGUGGCUGGGGCGGGUGCACCGUCCACUGGUACCAGUACGGGGCUAGAGGCCGCCCUAGCCCUAACCGAUAUUAAUUGCUCCGAGCGUGACACUAAUACCGACACCAACUAUCUCGACGAUGUGGACAGCUAUGGUCCAUUCGCUGCCGGCUCAGGUGAUGCUGGUGCUGAUGUCAAUAUCGAAAACGAGGCGACGGUGGCCGGAGGGCGAGAAGAAUCGACCGAAGAGGAAUGUAGUCGCAAUCGUUUGGAGCAUCGUCGUGCAAAGCUUGGGCUUACGAUGCACUCGAUGAUGAGCCAUGGUUCGGGCUCGGGAUCCGUUUCUUCACUGCCGGCCGAGAUGCAACGGUUGGCACCGGAAGGAGCGGAAGAUGAGGAGGAAUCUAGUCGACCGUAUCAGUCGUUGCCGGUACGAUCGGGUUCCGUGUCGUUGCCACCAUUUACGAUCCCAGCAGCGGCACUUGAGAAUCGAGAUUGCGAUUACCUGAAGCUGGUGAUUGGUUUCAAGCGGACACUCACCCUUCCGGAAGCAUUCUUUACUUGUGAUCCCUGUCGGUGCUACUGCGCUGGCUGUUAUCAUCUGUCCGCGCUCGCCGCUGGCUCGGAACGGUAUGCCGGAGUGUUGAAGGGUUGGGUGCGCUUCCAACUAAACCAGCAAACGGUCCACGGUGGUGGCAGUGCGCUGGUCAACACAACGGAUGAUGCCGCCUGGACGACGGCUUUCUACAACACGCGUGUGGAUAAGAUCCGCUCCGUGUUGGACCACGGUCAACCGCUUCCGAUUGAAACCGGUCACAGACUACCGGAUACGGCGUUGUCCGCCACCUCCAAUGCAACUGUCAGUGAUAACUUCAUUCCAGGAACACAUAUUCUGCUCCGAUCCUUUCCGGAUACUAGUGAACCGGCACAGCCACCCGGCAGUCGUGCCCUAGGGCCGCUCGUCUAUCGCUACAUGGCCAAUGGGCAGUGCUAUCGGAUCUGUACCGCGUUUGAGGUGCGCGUUCGCACCCAAUCCCUCUCGGCAGUCGAUCAUCUGAAUGAACCACCAGCCCGACAAGCGGCACAGCAACAAGCAGCGGAUGUGGUCGCUGGGAUGGGAACAGGAACAGGUAGUGCACCGCCUACUACUGUGCCUUCCACUUGCCAGCCGAUUGCCGGUGGUUUGGGAGCGGUAAGUGGCGGCGUCCCACUUCCUUCAACAGCUAGCAACCAAAACGAUACCGCGUCCCGCUCUUGGACGACCAAGGAAGCGGAUGCUUGCGUCUUGACGGCGCUUCUGCUUUGCUUACUGCCUAGCCCUCCAUAAGCCGACUACCGGGCAAGGGGCUAGAAGCAUGAUCUGCCGUAUUUAUGUACCGUGUUACCCUUAAAUCGAUCCGUGUUCUCUCACUGCUUCAUUCAAAUAGAUUUCAUCUAAUGCACACUAUA